UUUGCAGCACUUCGACCUCAGGCGGAGUAAUAUUGACGAAAGUUUGAACGAGAGGGGGAGUUAUCACUUUAAAAUAUCGCCAUGUUUUGUUUUGUGCCACCAUACUUAGUUGUGUAACUAGUCAUGUAAUAGUCUUAAAAUAGGGAAAGUGUUUGGUGGCAUCUAAAUUCAUCCCUGUUUGGAUCCUAAGGAAUGAAUGGGGCUAGGCUAAAUGCUAACACAUUCACGAAGCGCUGUGCAAAGAUGAAGUGCAAGCAUUGAAAAAAAUAGGUAUGUAUUAAUAAGAAAUUUUGAAAAACUGUGGUGUUUUCCUUUAAACUGAAUAGUUUAACAGAAUGAAGUGACACAUGUCAUAAUAGAAUAAAGUGAAGCAUGUUAUAAAUGUAUCAAGUUAACUUUAUAGUGUACAAUGCCCACAUACACAAAAAAUAUGCAUUUUAUGUCAUUGGCCAUAAGCCACAACCAAAAUCCGUUUUGCCUUCAUCUUCUAUGCGAGGCAUUCGGGACUUUAGCGCCACCCCUGGCCUUCACCAUAUUUUAAAUAAUUUUAAUACAGUUAACAAGAGGUUUUAUUUCGUGGUCAUUCAAGCUUUAACGACAUGAAUUAUUUAGGCCAACACUAAUGUUCUGAAAAUUAUAUAUUGAAUUUGAAAAGAAAGAAUGUAUGACAAGUAUUCUAAUUUAAAACAUCUUUAAAUUAAGUGUUUGAAAACACAAAAAAACUUUUACAUUUGUACAUUUUUUUUUAGGAUCGUUCGUUCUUAUGAGCUGAUGACUUUGUAUGGAGACAAGUGGCCAACAGCUGGCAGACUGAGGCUGCCGUUGGGCGAAUGGGCUGCGCUUUCAUCAGCAGUCUCCAGUCUCAGCAUUGGCUCAAUCCAGACUCCGAAAAACGCACAAACAUGUCCGUCUAGUGAUCCGAGACGGCGCUCCGUUAUGUGUGGUAUAGGAUGAUAUGGGCUCGGCGGAGGAUGUGACAGCUGUCCGCGUGCAUCAUGACCAUUUUAACGGCGUCCGGGCUCUUUCUGGCCUUCUGCUCCAUCGGACUCCUGACCAUGGCCAUCAGCACAGACUACUGGUACGAGACGGACGCACGGAAGCACCGAGACCGGUGCAAAAAAUACGCCAGUAAAAGAAACGACCCGGGAUACAUUUACAUCUCCAAUCAAAACCUUCCUCUCCGGAGCGGACCGGAGCCGGGAGCUGCUCUGCGGGAAUCCCCGCACUCCGCGCUCGUCCUGGAGUCGCGCUGCAGCCGCCACUAUAAUUCAACCACAACCGGCCUGUGGAGGAAAUGCCAUCGAGAAGGUUUCGACCUGGAAAAUGAGGAUCUGAUUUUUAAAGGUUUGCUUCAGCGCUGUACGCUGGUGAAGUAUUACUAUUCCUCAGCCAGUAUCCCACGAAAUUUGCCUGUGAACAUCACCAAGACUAUACGACAAGAUGAGUGGCACUCUCUGCACUUGAAGCGGAUGACAGCAGGUUUUAUAGGCAUGGCUGUCGCCAUCAUUCUGUUUGGCUGGAUCAUUGGUGUGCUGGGCUGCUGGAAACACAAUGAGCUGAUGCAGUAUGUAGCUGGGCUGCUCUUCCUGAUGGGAGGAACCUGCUGCAUCAUUUCUCUGUGCACGUGUGUGGCCGGGAUUAAUUUCGAGCUCUUGCGGUACCCACGCUACCUGUACGGCCUUCCAGAGGACAUCAGUCAUGGGUACGGCUGGUCCAUGUUUAGUGCGUGGGGGGGUCUGGGUCUGACCCUGCUGGCUGGAUUUCUGUGCACACUAGCGCCCUCUCUGCACAGUCCACAGAUUACAACCACCAUACCCAAACCACGACAGGAGAAUGGCAUGGUGUGACACAUACCACUAAUAUGCAUAGAGAUGUAAACACAAAAACUGGCAUAUCGAUAUAAACAAGUGUCUUUACCGUGGGAAGACUGGGUACACUGCAAGAUAAAAACAAAACAAAAUGGACUACAAGAAUUAUAAGGAUACUACAUACAGCAAAGCAAUCUAAAGUCUUGUUUUCAGUAAAAGAUAUCUAAAGAUCUAAACUUGAUGAAGAAAUAUUUUAAGAGAAUAAUAUUCUUAAAAAAUACAAAACAAGUUUUUCAAAAACUUCUUUCAAACUGAUUCAUUGACUCGUUUUAGAUUUUUUUUACUGGACAACAAAAUGAAAAACACUGAUUAAGAAAGUGAUUUUAUCAGUGUGAACAUAAACAGACACAGACAGACGGUCAGAUAUACGGAUAGACAUCUUCUCUGGUACACAUAUAUUUUUAUUAAAAAAUUGAUUACGGUGCACUCGUUCUGUCAUUAUCUUUGUAUAUUUUUCUGUCUUACUGUCUUCAGCUUUUGCUGUCUGUCUCUCUUUCUUUCCCUUUCUGUGUCCCAAAGGAUUUAAAUGUCUCUAAAAAUGUCAGAUUCAUCUUCUCAUUCAAUAAACUGUUAUGUGUUUUGGCUUUGCCUGCUGUAUAGAAAAAACAUAGCACAACUAAAUACUGUACUUGUCUUAAGUGUCUUCCUGGAUGUAUUUUUGGUUUGUUUUUACAAUAAAACUGACAU